GAGACGCACGGGAGCAGCAUCACGCUCCUCCGCCGCUCCUGUGCAUUCUUCCCCGCUCUUCCCCGUCCGUCAGCGGGCGUAUAAAGGCUCGUGCCUGUGGAGCCCGUCUGUCCGUGUCUGUCCUACUGCCUCAGAGCAGGAGACGCCGCGGAUCAGAGGAGUUUGAGACAAUAAACAGGUUGUGCCGCUUCUUCUCUGCGCGCCGUGUCAUUCCGGAAAUCUGCCCUCAGAGUUGGAGCAAACAGCUGUGCGUCUCAGUGUGUGUGUGUCAUUUUGGAGCCAAUCAAGCAGCGAUGGACGCGUUAAUGAAGGGUUUCUCCAAAGCCAAGGAUGGAGUCGUGGCAGCGGCGGAGAAAACCAAGCAGGGAGUGACUGGAGCCGCGGGGAUGACGAAAGACGGGGUGAUGUUUGUAGGGACGAAGACCAUGGAUGGAGUCUCCACAGUUGCAGGUAAAACGGUGUCUGGAGUGUCUCAAGUGGGCGGAGCUAUGGUUACCGGGGUUACAGCUGUGGCCCAGAAAACCGUGGAGGGCGCCGGGAAUAUAGCCGCGGCCACCGGAUUGGUCAAGAAGGAUCCAGCUAAGCAAGAGGCUGAAGAUGCAGCAGCUUUACAGGAUGUUGCAGAAUCACCUGUCGACACAGACACUCCCGAUGCUACAGAAGAAGACUCUGAUGACUAAAACAACCCAAGUGGAAGAUUUGUGACCAAAACAUUCCAUGUCGCUCUGCCAAGUCCCGUCGUGCCUCGUCUGGUCCUUGAUGAAGUCUGUCAUUGUGUGCUCUCGUGUACCUGUCGCGUGUGUGUGUGUGUGUUUGUGUGUGCGUUUACGUCGUAGAGGAGAGGCGUAGGGCGUGUGUGUCUGUGCCUUUUGCACAUCAGUCCUGAGCUGAGCCUUGGGCCGUGCAGCGCCUGCCACCAGCUGUCGUUCCCAGUGCCUCCCUCCCACUGAGGACACCACCUGGACCCUGUGUCUGUCACAUGUGAGGCUUUCUUAAUAACUCAAAUAUGGAAAUAUACCCCCAAAGCACCUAAGUGUCUAUGUAAAUGUACAAUUUAUCUGCUUCAAAGCAAAAUGAUAAUCUAUUUUUACUGGUAUACUGUCACAAUUAAUGGUGGACUAUUAAGUGCUAAGCUAUUAGUGAACUCAUGUUAUUCAGCGGCGACUGCUGCUAAACCAGAAUAUCAAUGUCGGGCUGUUUGGAAACUCGGAGCAUGUUUUACUGCUGUGUGGAUAACAUGAAUAAAUGUUUAGAACUAAGUGUUGAAUAAAGUACAUGAUGUAUACAGCU